AUGAUUGGGAUGAACCAUGAUUUUUUGUCUGCAAACUUUGUUGGAUAUCCAAUGGAAGAAAAAAAAACAUUGUGUUACGAAGAUUUGAAUAUAAAUAAAAAAAGAACAACUCCUUUCAAAUAUAACAAUUUUAAUAAUUAUGAGUACUUAAAAGAAUUAGACGAUCUCCGGGAAUAUAAAAGAAUAACUUCCGAAAAAAUAAAAAAAUAUGAAAGUUCUAUAUAUUCAUAUAAGAAUCAAUUGAGAAAUGUAAACAAAAACAAACUUGAUGGAGGAAAAAUAAAUUUAAAAUUAAUAAAUAUAUUUGUUAACAAUAUAUGUGAUAUAAUAGAAUACCUAUGUUCUGAUAUAAAUAAAUCAGUCUUAUCCGUUCUUCCUUUUAUUCAUACCAUAUUGAAUACAAGUCCCAUAAGAGAUAAGAAAAUAUACCAGUGUUCCAAAUUAAUCCAUAUAACUUUAACCCAGUUGAACUGUAAAAAUGUAGUGCAUAAUAAAGAUGAAAUUCUUAGAGAAGAGAUCGAAAAGGACGAUGAUUUAAGGACCCAUAAAUUAGACGAUUUAGAAUGGUUAGCUUGUGAAACUAAUGAUAAAGGUUGGCUAGCUAUUAGCGACAGAUGGGAAACAUGUCCCAAGGAUUUAAAAUGGUUAUGUGUGAAAAGAAAUAAUAGAUCAUGGAUAUUAUAUCGUCAUAUAUGGGAAAACAGUUCAGAUGAUUUGAAAUAUAUAGCUAUAUUGUUUGAUGAUAAAAAAUGGCUACAUUUAUAUAAAAUAUGGAAGCUCAUUCCUUUAAGUUUAAAAUUUAAAGCGAUAAACUCAAGGGAUGUUACUAUUUGUAAACCAUCAUUAAGUGAAAUUAUUUAUAAUAAUAUAUAUAAUAAUGAUAUAUAUGAUGAUGAAAAUUUUGUGAAUAUAAAUUCAUAUAAUUCAUCAUCUAUAAAAAAUAAUUAUAGAACUAGUAGUAUGAUGGGAAAUUAUUACUUGAGAUAUAAUAAUAUGGAUGAAAAGAUAUGGUCAUCAAAAUUGUAUGAGAACAUGCAAAAAAGAGAGGAUGCUUUAGAAGAAUCUUUAAAAUAUGAUUUAUAUAAAGCACAAAUGAAAAAAAAAAAAAGUGAUGAUAAUAAUAAAGAUAAACAUAUAUUGAAACAUAUAAAUGCAAAAAAAAGUGUAAUUAAAAAUGGAGCUGAUAACUUAAAUGAUAAAUUGUUAAUGUUAAAAGAAAUCGAAAAGGAUAAAAAGGAAAAUGAAAGUUUUAAAAAUGGAAUAAUACAUUCUAUUCAUUCAUAUGAAGAAGACAAAGAAAAACAAUAUGGUUCCGAUAGCCGAGUGGUAAUUCAAAAAGGUAUGAGUAAAAGUGUUCUACAUGAGGAAGGGGGGAUUACAAAAAAGAAAGAAGAAGACAAACAAAUUGGAAAGGAUGAUAAAAGGGAUAUAAUUUCACACAACCAAUUAGACAUAAAUACAAUUAACAAAAGAUUAAAUUCAAAAUUUAGUUUAAAAAAAAGUUGUAAAGAAAAUUUUAUUAAAAAUAUGUUAUUUAAUAAAAUAAAUAUACAACAAAAAGUAGAUAAUAAUAAUAAUAAUAAUAAUAAUAACCAAUAUGAAGAAAAAAAUAAAAGUAAUGAUGAAAAGAAAAAGUUAGAUGAUAAGAAUGACAUACUAGAAUAUACAAUAUCAGAAAUACAUAUUUUAAAGAACGAAGAUAUAAAAAUAGAUAAUACAAAUAAAAAUGAAAUUCAGUUGUUAGAAAAAAAAGAAAGUGAAAAAAUGAAGAAUAAUAUACAAAAAAAGAAGUUACCAUCAUUAAAAAAUAUGUUAAAAAUGAAAGAAGAAUGUUAUUUAAAAAAAUUCUCAAAAAUGACAAUAAAAAAAAGUAUUUUAGAAGAAUGUGUAUCUAGUAUACAAAACAAACAAAAUAGUAAGAGCAUAGAAAUUUUUGAUGACAGCUCAAGUGAUGAAUUUAUAGAUACUAAACAUAGUUAUUCUAUAAAACAUGAUGAGAAAAAAAUAUCUAAAAGAACAGUACCACUUUUAUUAAAUAAGUUGUCUAAAAUUAAAUUGGAAAAUAUAAAGAAAUUCCCUAUCCAAAUAAAAAAACAAAAUUUUAAAGAACACAUUAUUAAUAUGAAAGAAAAGGAUGCUUUGAAAACAGAUGAGAAAUAUACUAAUAGUUUAUAUCAUGAAAAUGUGCAAUAUGAAAAGAAUGAUAAUAAACAUAUUUUAAAAGUAGGUACGUCUAAUGAUAUGCAGGGUGUUGUAGGAAAAGAAACGUUAUUAAUGGGUGAGUCUUUCAAAAGUGAGGAUAUUAAUGAAAAGGAAAUUGAAAUAAAUAAAGAGCAGAAAGACGAGGACAUAAAAAAGGAGCAUCAAGGAAUGGUUACAAAUUAUUUUACAGAUUUAUUUAAUGCAUUUAAUUUUGUUAAUACUCCAAAGGAGGUAGGUAGCUUUUUUGAUUUAAAAAAUAAUGAGGAUAAAAUAUUAUUCGACGAUAAUUUAAUACGAAAAAAUUGCGAUUCAUGGGAAGAAAAUGAUAAAAGUGACGAUGAAAAAGAAUAUUCAAUAGAAAAGGCAAAUAAUAAUAAAGAUGUGAUGAAGUUAAAUAUAAAAUCAAUGAAUUCAGAGAUGAUAAUGGAAGGAAAUAAUAUAAAUGAAGAAAAUAUAAAAAAUGAUAAUGAUAUUCUUACUAAUAGUAAAAAUAUGGAAGAAAAUAAAUUACCAUAUAUAAAAACUUUGAGAAGUUUAAAAUUUAAUAAAUUCGCUAUAAAGAAUAAUUUAAAAGGGUAUUCAAUAAAAGAAGAAUUAUUAACAAAAAUAAAAAAGAAGAAUAAUGAAGAAAAAAUAAUAUCUAUGGAAAGUACAGAAUAUAAAUUAAAAGAAAGUAAAUACCAGAGUAAUUCUUAUAUAUGUAAAGAUCCAAUAUUACAAUUUUAUACUAAUAAAAAAAAUUCCUCAUUUUUAAAAGAUUCACAGGAUUGUUCUAUGAAAAAUAAUCCUAGUAAUAUUUUACGAAAGAUACUUGAUUCUGAUUUGUCUAAUUUUAAUAAUAUGAAUAAAAAAAGAAUGGCAGCUGAUGAAAUUGCUAAGCAUACAAAUGCUUCACUUUAUAUAACAGUUAAGAGAAAGGCAUCACAGUCUUCUCUGACAAAUUCAUUAAAAAUAAUACCUAAGAUAAAAGAAAAACCCAAAUUAUCAUUUUGA